GGCGUGGUAAAAGCAAUGACUUCCUGACCUGGUUUAUACUGGAGUGGUUUCCUUGGGUUGGAACUGGAGUAUAAGGAAUUAAUCACAAAGUACAGUUAAAAAAAAAAAACAAAACACCACAGUCUAUGCGGAAUACAGCCAAGUGUGGGAAACUGACUAUAAAUUUUAACCAUUAGGAACCUCGGCUGUAUUUCUGACUUGAUCUACGACUGCCUCAAAGAUUACUACUGAGUUUACCCCCAAGAAGAUGUCACAGAUUACAAACAGCUGUGCUGAUUUUCUUAACCAUCAUGUCGUCACCGAGUUCGAGCCGAAUUUGGGAACCAAGGUCUCUCUAACCGUCAUCUUCGGUGUUAUUUUGCUGGUUGGGAUCAUUGGGAAUAGCAUCACUAUCAAAGUCACACAGGUGCUCCAAACGAAUGGGUACUUGCAGAAGAAUGUUACUGACCACAUGGUAAGCUUGGCGUGCUCGGAUUUGUUAGUACUUUUGCUGGGUAUGCCUGUUGAGCUCUAUAGUGCAAUAUGGUAUCCAUUCACAUCUGCUUCAGGUAACGCAAGCUGUAAAAUCUAUAACUUUCUUUUCGAAGCAUGCAGCUUUGCCACGAUACUGAACGUGGCGACCCUGAGUUUUGAGAGAUACAUUGCAAUCUGCCACCCUUUUAAAUACAAGUCAUUAUCGGGAUCCAGGACAGUCAAGCUGAUCGUUUUCGUUUGGGCCACGUCUGUAUGUGUUGCCCUUCCCCUGCUGUUUGCAACGGGGACCGAAGACCCCCUGGAGCAACUUGAAGGGCGAGACCACCCUUGCAAAAUGCAGAAAUCCAAUCGGACCAUCUGCACCAACCUCGCCUCCAGGUGGACAUUGUACCGGGCAAGCAUCUACAGUGCGUUCGUUGUCUACAUCGUGGUGUUGGUGAGUGUCGCUUUGAUGUGUAGGGAAAUGAUGAAGAUCUUGAUGGGCAGAAACAAAAGUGGGACUUUGGCUGUCAGGAAUGGGGAGAAUGAAAUCGGAGGACUGCCAAAACACGAGAGCUCGAAAUCAAAGGCGUCCCGGAAGCAAACCAUCAUAUUUCUAGGGCUUAUCGUGGGGGCUUUAGCAGGAUGCUGGAUGCCGAACCAGGUCAGGCGCAUCAUGAACGCUGCCAAGCCCAAGAACGAGUGGAACAUGGCCUACUUCAGAGCGUACAUCACCCUCACCCCCAUAGCGGACACUUUCUUCUACCUGAGCUCUGUGCUCAACCCCUUCCUGUACAACCUCUCCUCCAGACAGUUCAGGGAGGUCUUCCUGCAGGUGCUGCAGUGCCACCUGACCAUACAGCACGUCAACAAGCGAACCGUGAUCAGAUCGGAUAUCAAUUCCGCCCGCUCCACCCGCCCACUCAUGCUGGCCUCCAUCAGACGUGGGCUUCCCUCCAACAGUAAAGCCAAGACUGGUAAAUUCGCCGCCAUUCAGAAACCGGCCCCUAAUUCCAGCACCGACAGCACAGGCUUGGCUACAGACACAUCACAGCAAUGCACAAGUGACCAAAUAACUGCGGUGGCACAAGACACUAUAACGGAUAAGAGCACCUUCGACGAAAGUGAAAUGUGA